UUUUGGCUGUGGCGGAAAUGGAGGCCGGCGGCGGCCACGGAGACUUGCUGAAGCGCCUUGCCGGCCUGUGGGACUAGAGCGGCCGCGCGCUUGAAGCGCCAACGCGAGAGCGAGGCGGCGUGCCCUCUAGCGGCGCCUCUGAACCAGACAGUCGUUCUCAAUCCACGGUGGCGCCGAAUUGUUUGGGAGCUGCACAUCGCCCUAUCUAGCAAGGAGGGCGGAAAACGUCACAAACACCAGGGAUCAUAGAAUUGUAGAGUUGGCAGGGGUCACGAGGGUCAUCUUCUAGUCCAACUCCCUGCAAUGCAGGAAUCUUUUGCCAACACAGGACUCAAACCCAUGACCCUAGGGUCUUAUGUUCUGUCGAGAGACAAUAUAUUUUCUUCUUUUGCUUUCUUGCCUCUCCAAAUAUAGAUGCAAUGUACAAGGCUAAGUAGAUUUAAUCAGAAGUAAGGCUAUUCUCUGCUUAGUGUGCUUAGGUUUGUAGUCCUCGGAAGUAAUGCAGAAAGAAUUUAAGUGCUCUUCAGCAGAACAGCCAACUUGCCAAGACCUUUGCAGCAUCUGCACUACAGACUUUAAACGUUGGUGUUGUUGAAAUAUAUACAACAAAAAAUCAGUUUGAGUCGUGUGACUCAAUUUGAGUCUACUAGACCCCCCAAAAAACUUUUAAGCAAAGUGGACUGAAGUCACUUAAGGGGCCUGUCUGGGAUUAGGGGCCCUGAAAUUUAAGCUUCAUUAGUUUCAUAGUAGAUCUGCCCCUGGGUUUUCUAGAACAGAGUCCUAAUUCCUCACAAGAACUCACAUGGAGAGAGCAACCUUGCUUCCUGCAGCUAGUAAGAUGCAUUCCUGGGUGGUCCUUUAGCUCUGAUUACUGCUUUGGUUCUUGUUUGGAGCUGCUUUCAGUUAUAUUAGAAUGUGGUCAGUAAAAACAGCUUUACUGUAUUAUGCUGCUAGGUUUGCCCGACUGCUAUGGUAGCGGAGAAGCAGGUGCCAGCCCCAAACGUCCAAUUCACAGUCUUCUUUCUGCAAAGGAGAAAAUACAGGGGACUUUCUGUUUAACAUUAGUUAACAUAGCUUUGGGGUUUUGGUUUUAUAUGCAGAAAAAAAAAAGGCUAGCCGCUAGCAGGAACUGAGCCAAUAUUGACCACGGGAGUGGACAAAUCACAGCUGCCAUACCAUGUGAAUCUACAGCAGAAUAACCUCAUCAUGAUGUGAAAAAACGAAUACUGGCUCUUUAAGGGAAUGUCCACCUGAAAACCCUCCCUCCCUGCCCCCUUCUCUGCUUCCUUCUCUGUUAGAGGAGUAAUUGGCUCUCUGAUCUGUCAUUCUCACCUGCACAGCUAACAAAUCCCAUCCACUUUCCCAUGCCCAUUUCAGUAGUUAAGCUCUGCCUUUCACCCAUAAGCCUGUGCCAGGUAGAAGACCAUUUGCACAAGGAGGAGGCAGAAAUCAUGCAGCCUUUGGACUCGGAGAGGGGCUUAAUCAAAAUCAGCCACUGUAAGAGAGACAUCUUUGGUUCCUUUGUGCCCAAGCAUUGUCCCCUGUGUGGGCAGAGCCUGUACUACAGGAAACUGGAAGAAGCACCUGUCACUAUCCCCAGCCCAUUUGUUAAUGGGCACAGAGAAAGAUGUUCUUUUUUACUUAAACCUACUACAGGAACCUUUCUGAGAGGGUAUGAUGGAAGUUCUGAUCUCCAUGUUGGAAUAACCAAUACUAAUGGUUUAGUGUAUAAUUACAAUGAAACUGGAGUUAACAUAGCUGAGCAUGGAUGGGAACAAUGUGUAAGUGUUCAACUAGUCCAGCCUGACAUGUAUGGCCUGCUUAACCAAUGGGAUAAAUACCUAGAACAAUUCUCUGCGGCAGAAAUCUGGCUUCCACACAGGUAUGAAGAACAUCUCCAUAACUGCUACACCUAUGCACUAACAUUUAUUAACUGUGUGCUUAGCGCCCAAAAGAAGCAGCAAAUGAAUAAAAGUGAAUUUACAGAGAGAUUUGUGAUUCCGCGAACAAGGAAAGCUUCCAAGUAUAUCACCAUCUACAAGGAAAUAUGCAAGAAUGGCUUCUAUGCGGUUGACCUUCCUGCUCAGGAGGGCACUGCCAUUUGAAUUUAUAAUGAGGGAACUAGAUAGCGUUGGAAGUAAAUUCCUUAUGUUAAGGCACUUAUAUUUCUUGCUGCACAUUUACUCAGAAGGCGGUCCCAUAGAGAUUGAGGAUUAAUCUCAAGUAUCCAUAAGACCAGGGGUCCCCAAACUAAGGCUCAGGGGCCGAAUGCGGCCCAAUCUCCUUCUAAAUCCGGCCCCCGGACGGUCUGGGCAUCAGCAUGUUUUUUCAUGAGUAGAAUGUGUCCUUUUAUUUAAAAUGCACCUCUGGGUUAUUUGUUGAG